UCGCGCGUGCGUGGUUAGUUGACGGGCGCCACGCGCCGUAUAAAGCGUCCCCGCGAGCAGCCCAGCCAUAGAUUACAUAGCUGGCUAGCUGCUGGUGGAGAAGGCGAGGAAGAGAGAAGGCGAAGCGAAGCCAAAGCAAGGUCGGAGAGAAGAGAGAGGAGUAGAGAGAGACAUCUCUCACGUACGUCACGUGAGGGAGGACUCUCCGAUCCGAGGUGUUUCUUGGACGCGGCUUCUUCAGGGGCGUGGACGACCGACGACGGAGCGCGCGGGGGCUAUUGCUGAAGAGAAUUGCGGUGGCGAGGAGCCGGCGUCCAUGGCGAGGCGCUGCGAUUGACGUGCGGCGAUUAUGGGCAUCCAAGGGAACAAGGCGGCGACGCACGAGCACGACUUCCUCUCGCUGUACACAGCCGCCGCCGCUAAGGACUCUCCUCUCCAGCUCCACGACUCCAAGUCACCUCCUCCCUCUCAAGGUAAUUUCUUCUUGAAGACGCACGACUUUCUGCAGCCGUUGGAGAAGCCGGAAGCGCCGCCGCCGGAGCCAUCGCCGACGCUGCCCGCCUCCGGCGCGGACAGCAGGCACCACCACCAGCCGGUGGCCGCCAAGCAGCACGCGCUGCCGCUGCCCGUCGGCGUCGGCACGUUCACCAUCUGCCCCGCGCCCGUCUCGGCCGCGCGGCCGCCGGCGGCCGUCGUCAAGGCGGAGCCGCCGUUCGUGCUCUGGGGCCAGCCCGCGGCGUUCCACCCGGGCGCGCGAGGGCACCAGCAGCAGCAGUGGGCGCUCCCCUUCGCCGGCGCCGGGCAGGGCAGGCCGCCGCCGCCGCAGCAGGCGCAGCCGCCGGAUAGGAAGGGGCGCGGCGGGGGAGGCGGGGCCAUGGAGUCAGGCUCCAGAUCCAGCGGCGGCGCGGGGUUCGACGACGACGACGGCCUCGCCGCGCGCCGGGAGGUCUCCUCCUCGCUCAAAGAGUUGGCGGUGAGGAAGAGGACGGGUAGUGUGGAAGGAAUGGGUUCGCACGCGCUGACGGCGCCGGGCGCCGGCUCGCAGUGGCAGCCGGCCCACGUCCACCAGCUCCACGCCCACCUCCUUGUCUCCGGCCGCCUCCGGGGCUCGCCCGCAAUCGCCGCGCUCGCGCUGCUCCGCGGCGCCUGCCGCGUGCGCGCGUCCCCCUGCCUCCGCCCGCUCGCCCGCUACCUGCUCGACGGAAUUCCCCAGCCGCCCCCACAGCUCCUCCACGCCGCCGCGCGCCUUGCCUUUCGCCUUCGCGCGCCUUCCCUCGCGCUUCGCCACUAUCUGGCUCUCCGCGCGCGCCACCCCGCCUUCCUCCCGCCCACACCUGCCAUUGCAGACUUGCUGAAGUCCGCCCCUGGCCGUGCUGCGCACGCCCACGCGCUGCGCGUCUCUGCACACGCGGUGGACGCUCGUUUCCUAGACAACACACUCAUUUCCAUGUACUUAGCCUGUGGUGAUGUCUGCAGCGCACACCUAGUGUUUGAGGGAAUGGGUGACCGGGAUGUCGUCUCAUGGACUUCGCUAAUAUCAGGGCUUGUGCAGAAUGGGUGCCCCUUGCAGGGGCUCCAUCAUUUUGCAUCAAUGAUGCACAGUGAAGUGUGCCCUGACUUUGUGUUGCUCGUAUCCGUCCUUAAAGCGUAUAUGGAGCUUGAUGAAUUGCCUGGUGCCACAGCAGCUCAUUCCUUAGUGGUCAAGAGUGGCUUUGACAAUGAACUAGAUGUAGUGAUCACACUGACAUCCAUGUAUGCCAAGUUCGGGUGCAUCGUGGCUGCUAGGGCACUCUUUGAUACGGUGCCAACCCCACGGGUGAAUGUGAUCCUUUGGAAUGCCAUGAUAUCCGGUUACUCUAAGAAUGGCCUUGCCAAUGAGGCGGUGCAACUUUUCAAGCAGAUGAGGAAGGUUGCGAGGAGCAUGACCCCUGACUCCGUUACCUUACGGUCGGUGAUUCUGGCUUGUGCUCAGCUUGGUUCUGUGGAACUUGCGGAAUGGAUGGAGGACUAUGUCCAAGGCAGUGAAUACAGGGAUGAUGUGCUUGUUAACACAGCGCUGAUUGACAUGUAUUCUAAGGCAGGGAGCAUUGCACGUGCACGUACAGUGUUUGAACGAAUGCACAUGCAGGAGCGGGAUGUUGUUGUUUGGAGUGCACUGAUUGGUGGUUACGGGGUGCAUGGCCAUGUCAAGGAGGCCGUUGCCCUGUUCGAGGACAUGAAGCAUGCUGGAGUGAAACCGAAUGAUGUGACAUUCCUGGGCCUCCUAUCAGCUUGCAACCAUGCUGGUGUUGUGGAGAAAGGGUGGAGCUACUUCCAUUCCAUGAAACAUGACUAUGGGAUCGAGCCCCGGCACCCGCACUAUGCCUGCAUGGUGGACCUGCUUGCUCGUGCUGGUCAUCUUGACAGGGCUUACCAGUUUAUAGAGGACAUGCCCAUCAAGCCAGAGAUGAGUGUGUGGGGUGCCCUGCUUCAUGGUUGCAAGAUGCAUGGGCACUCAGACAUGGCACUGGCUGAGUGUGCCGCGCAGCACAUUUUUGAGCUGGAGCAUUCCAAUGCAGGGCAUUAUGUGCAGCUUGCAAACUUGUAUGCAUCCGUGGGGAUGUGGAGCCAUGUUGCUGGUGUCAGGGUCACCAUGAGAGAGAGGGGUGUUAGCAAGGCAACAGGGUGCAGCUCCAUUGAUAUCAACGGAGAGAUGCACUCCUUCCAUGCAGGGGAUCAUUCACAUCCUAGGGCUGCUGAAAUUUUUGCAUUGCUUAAUCUUCUUUCUCCAACUGUAGCCGGAGUAAGGAUGGACCGGAAGGGCGGAAGCUGUAGUGAUGGUGGUACGGAUCAGCGGCCAAACACGCCACGGUCAAAACACUCUGCCACAGAGCAGCGCAGACGCAGCAAGAUCAAUGACAGGUUUCAGAUACUUAGGGAGCUGUUGCCACACAGUGAUCAAAAGAGAGACAAAGCAACAUUUCUCUUGGAGGUUAUCGAAUAUAUACGGUUUUUGCAAGAGAAAGUAACAAAAUACGAGGCAACAUUCCCAGAAUGGAACCAAGAAAAUGCAAAGAUGCUUCCAUGGUCAAAUAUGUAUUUUCGAUCAUUCUGGAAAAAUGAGCAGAGUAAGGGACAAAUCCCAGGAGAAUCCCUGCCUGACCCUUCACAUUUCAUGAGAAAUGGAUCCUCCCCUGGAUCUAAUUUCACUGGGAAACUCGAUGAUAAUCACAACAUGGUGACAUCUGCAGCUGCAUCAGGGGCACAGGAUCAGACUGAAACUGAUCCAAUGGCUAGCAUGUGCUUCAGAUCAGCAGAAACUCCGGCAAAUAUUACAAAUAAUACUUUAUCUCAGUCCCAACCCCAAUGGACAGGUCCGUCCCCUGUGGAUGACUGUGCAGUUAACAGUGAAAUGCUUAACAACCAGCCGUUGGCGAUCAAUGAAGGAACGAUCAGCGUGUCCAGUCAAUAUUCCCAGGAGUUACUUAAUUCGUUGACUCAUGCCCUUCAAAGCUCGGGUGUAGAUUUGUCCCAAGCCAGCAUCUCUGUGCAGAUCAACCUGGGCAAGCGGGCUGUCAAGAGACCUGCUGCUGGUGUAUCCUGCAAGGAACCAACCGAUCCAGCAUCUAGUGACGAAAUAGGUCAGCAGCUGGCAAUGUUGGGUGGUGGUGCCGAAGAUCUCUCGCAAGCAGCAAAGCGGCAUAAACCGGGCAACAGCUGACGAUGAUGGUUCCCGCCUUGCUCCCGGACCGGAUUGAUCAUUAUUUCUUCCCUUCGCCAACGGAAGGCUCUCUGGAUUGGUUGUACAUUGUGCUAGCUGUGACAGGCUUCGUGAUGAACGAGACACCGGCGCAUUCUUUCAUUUUAUCGCCCCCGCCACCCUACCUAGUCCAUUGUUUACUUAGUAGAGAAGAAAACAAAACCAUGGAGCUUCCAUCGCGGAUUGUGAAGCCGCUCUUGUACACAGGCUUCCAUUCAUAUGAGAAGCUUCCCCACCCUUUGACGAAUCCUAUGAUGUAGGCUCGUAGUAACCUGUAAGAUAUCUCCAACAACACUACCUGUUAGUCAACUUGUUCCGUUCUGCUGGGUGCCGUGGCCCCGUCUCAGUGAACUAUCUCGUUCCUGUUUCUC